AUGAGCCGCCAGCGUACAAUCGCAGCCAACUUCGACGAACAGCUGCGCUGCCCUCCUGGAAUGCACGCUGGCCGAGCGGAAGGGGGUUGUGUGGUUUGCGCCCGUCACUUCUGGGUUAACGAGCUGUACCCCAUGGUCCUGUUUCAGCCACCGGACGCAGACAUGUCUUCAAUCGAGGUGCCCUCCGGCGCCGAGACAGUAUUGCCGAGUCAGCAGGCUCGUCUGUGCCGAUUGCUGGGCAUCGAUCGGUACGCCGAGCGCUGGCCACAGAUACCUCUUUCCGAACUUCAGGCAUCCGCUGUCCAGCACCCGUACAUGGAGGGACAGUAUCUGUUGCUGCAUCGACGGCGCAUGCCAGCAUCACCCUCGGACCCUUGUACGGUUUGCCGAGAGUGUCGCAGCAGUUUGAAAUGCUCCGUUCUCAUGCUUCCAAGGCACGCGCUGGCUAACGAUCUCUGGAUCGGACGCUCUCUGCCCGAGCUGAGCAACCUGUCGCCUGGAACAAAGCGGUUACUCCCUCUCGUGCGGGUCUGCAUGCAGGUGACGGUUUUGCAGCCGCUGUCGCUACCGCGCGAUGAGAGGCAGAGGGGAUACAUCGGCAACACGAUUUUCCUUCCACAGGCCGGCCCUGGAGCUAUUCAGGCGACUCUGCCCCCCAAAGACCAGGACAUGGCCGAGAACAUCUUGUUCGUUCUUGUCGGCCAGAAGAAACAGGAACUGAAGUCCAGCAAUGUCUUGCAAGCUCCCAGAGACGAGUACGUUGCAGCCGUGGAGAAACUUCGGACGACCUCGCCUUACUACCGUUCGGUUGCUCUGGACCCGGGCAGACUCCAGGACAGCGUGCUGGAAGGCUGUGUUUUGGAGACUGCCGUUGACAGCUACUUGGCCCGUGAACUCUUGCAAAAGGGGCCAGCUGACGCGCAAGGGCAAGCUGAGGAAGACGAGCGCGAGGAGCAGCCUGCCGCGCCAGCCGGUAGCAGCUCGGAGGACGCUGUCUUGCGAAAUCCACCUGCUGCGCUGGAGUCAGGUCAUCUCGUGUCUAGUAUCGUUGGCCUCAACGAUGACUCAGACCAGGGCAACCGCUGGCUUCGAGUCUGCCGCGAUGUGGAAGAAUUGUGCCGUCGCAAGCCGCGGCAAGACUAUACCGAGGCUGAAUCGGUUCUUCGCAAUCGGGCUCAAAACGACUUGGGUCCUGAGCAGGCAGAUGCCGGGGGCUUGUUGGGCCGCGAGGGAGCUCAGGAGCAGCGCGUGCUGAGCCGCGUGCGAAGGGUGCAGUCGCUAGCUAACAGUGUGGAGCACGAGCGCCAGGCUCAGGGCCAAAUGUUCGAAGUGCGACCUCAGAAACUUGUGGUGCCCUCUCGCGACGAGCCCAUGAACAUGUUUCAGCCGGCUACCUGGGCCAUGGCAUUCCCGGAUCUUUUCCCCUGGGGAGACGGCGUGCCUUUCGUCAAGCGCGAGACUGGCAUGGAGGCAGGCGAAGUCUUUCGGUACUUGCUACUUCGUGAGGAGCUGGCGUAUGGAGAUAGCGCCGAGACGCCCCUUCUUCCUCGUUGGAGUCUGUCCGCAUCCCGGUCGUAUUAA